CAUUAUUGUACUAACUAAGCAAUAAUGUUAAAGAUCAGUAGAAGUACAUUAAGAAUAACCAGGGAUUUGAACCUUGGAGCUACUUGUGUAUCAAGAAGAUUUAUAGGUUCAUCCUUAGUAAGAUUCAAUCAAGCUAAUGAUAGUAAACCUUCGACUAACAAGCUGAAUGAAACCUCAAGUCCUAAGAAGAGACCAUUAAGUAGAGUGGCUAUUGGAGGUACAGCUUCAAAGAAGAAAUUUGUUUCAAAUAGUGCUGAAUUUGCAUCGUGGAAAGCAGUUAUGUUAUUACUUGUUCUUGGAGGUGCAGCUUCAUAUUAUUUUACUAAAGAAAAGGAAAGGUUAAGGUUACAAAAAGAUGUUGAAUCGAAGAAAAGUUAUGGUAGACCAUUGAUUGGGGGACCUUUUAACUUAGUUGAUGAGAAUGGUAAGGAAUUCACUGAACAAGACUUGAAGAAUGAUGAUAAGAGAUUUUCCAUUAUAUACUUUGGUUUCACUCAUUGUCCAGAUGUAUGUCCUGAUGAAUUAGAUAAAUUAGGUGAAAUGUUAGAUGAAUUGAAAUCUAAGGAUAAUAUUGAAUUAUUACCACUUUUCAUUACUUGUGAUCCAGCUCGUGAUUCUCCAGAAAUUGUUAAACAAUACUUGUCAGAUUUCCAUCCUUCAAUAAAGGGAUUGACUGGAACAUAUGAGAAUGUUAAAAAAGCUUGUAAACAAUAUAGAGUCUAUUUUUCCACUCCACCCGAUGUUAAGCCAGGACAAGAUUAUUUAGUUGAUCAUUCGAUUUUCUUUUACUUGAUGAAUUCUGAAGGAGCUUUCGUUGAUGUUAUUGGUAGAGAAGUUACUGCUCAAGAAGGGGCUGAGAAAAUCAGGAAACAUGUGGAUGCAUUCAUUCCUGAAUCUGAAAUUCAAAGGAGAAAGGAAUCUUGGUUUGGAUUCCUUUACAAGUAAUUAAGUUUUCUUGACAUUAAAUUUUAUGCGUUAUGUAAUUAGACAUUUUAUAAAUGCAUUCUUGGGGGAUUUUUCCAUGUACAUAGUCAGAACCCUAGAAAAUAUAAGUAUAAAUGUAACCAUUUACAAAUA